AUGCCGCGUCAAAAAGACUUUGCGUGGACACAUUGCACAACAGUUCCUGGCAGCACGAAGGUCAAGUGCAAUUGGUGUCUAGAAGAGAUCAGUGGUGGAAUUUAUCGUUUCAAGUGGCAUUUGUCCAAAGAACGAGGAAAUAACACCGCGAUAUGCAAAGCAUGCCCUACAAAUGUCUCGUAUCAAGCAAAGCAAUCUCUUGACGGGAUUGCUGAGAGUGGGACCAAAAAGGCAAGAAUUGGGGUUGAACUAGGUUCUAGUUCUGCAAAUCCCAGGUCGAAGCAUUUGGGUGAGGAGGAUGGCAAAGAUGGGAGUUUCAGGGAAUGUGGGUCAACUCCUAAUUCUAUAGCACGUGGACCAAACACAGGUGGAGGAAACAUUAAUACUUUCUUCCAACCUCAUACUACACCAGGAUCACAAACCACUUUGGAGAGUAUAAGAUGGAGGAAAACUGUCACUAAACAAGCAAAGAAGGCAAUUGGUAAUUUUUGGUACUCCUCUCACAUGGCAUUCCAUGCUUUGAGAAAUCCAUAUUGGCAACCCAUGGUAGAUACUAUUACAACUGUAGGACUUGAGUUUCAAGCCCCAUCUUAUGAGUCAUUGAGGGUUGGUAUGUUGAAAGAUGCAGUAGACAAUGUUCAAGAUGUUAAACAACAUCGGUUACAGUGGACUAGAACUGGUUGCAGUAUCAUGUCAGAUGGUCAGACAGAUAGAAGGAACCGAACUCUCAUUAACUUCCUUGUCUCUCGGCCACAAAAUGUGGUUCAAUUUAUCACAAACAAUGUUGCUGCUUGUGUUGCUGCAGGGAAACUUCUGACAAAUAAAUACCCUUCUGUGUUUUUUACACCAUAUGCAGCGGACAUUGGAAAAAUAGAAUGGGUUAAGGCGGCCUUUCAGAAGGCUCACAAGGUUACCAAAUUUGUUUAUAAUCACAUGAGGGUUUUGGCUAUAAUGCAAUCUUUCACAGGAGGGCCACAAAAUGUGGUUCAAUUUAUCACAAACAAUGUUAUUGCUUGUGUUGCUGCAGGGAAACUUCUGACAAAUAAAUACCCUUCUGUGUUUUUUACACCAUGUGCAGCGGACAUUGGAAAAAUAGAAUGGGUUAAGGCGGCCUUUCAGAAGGCUCACAAGGUUACCAAAUUUGUUUAUAAUCACAUGAGGGUUUUGGCUAUAAUGCAAUCUUUAACAGGAGGCAAGGAGCUAGUUCGACCAAGGGUGACAAGAUUUGCAACAUAUUUCCUUGCAUUACAAACAUUAUGUAAACAGAAAGGUAAUUUGAGGCGAAUGUUUGUUUUAGCUGAGUGGAUGGAGUCUGGCUUCACAACUCAAGCAAAUGGCAUAGCAGUGGCAGAGUAUAUGUAUUCUACCACCUUUUGGGAAUCAAUUGAGGAAAUUGUAGAAUUUUUAGAGCCUUUAGUAAAAGUCUUGAGACUAGUGGAUGGGGAAAAACCCCCCAUGGGAUAUGUGUAUGAGGCCAUGGAUAGGGCCAAGGAGGUGAUAAGGAGUGAGCUGGAAAAUAACAAGGAUAGGUAUAUGCCAUUGUGGGACAUAAUUGAUAGGAGAUGGGAUGGACAGAUGCACACUCCUCUCCAUGUUGCAGGAUACUUUCUCAAUCCUUUGUUAUUCUAUAAGACUGACUUCUUGGAAAUUGAUGCUGAGAUCAAACGAGGAUUUUUCAAGUGCUUGGAAAAAAUGUUUCCUGACUUGGAAAAAUUUGAUGCGGCUACGGUAAAGUUGGAAGUGUACAAGCAUGCUAACGGUUUUUUCUCUUCUAGGGCUGCUAUACAAAGCAGAAAGACUAUUCAACCAGGUAGACUAUAA